AUGGAAGAGAUGGAAGAUGGAAGUUUGAAGUUUGAACUCAAAGGAGUGAUGGAGGAAGAAGGAAAGAAGGUUCGGAAGGUGAGACAAGAGGUAUUUAUAGUAGUGGGUGGGGUCACUGGGGGUGAAGUGAAUGAGCCUCAAGAUCACGUCCUUCUCCAAGGAUCGACUUAUCACGCGAAGGGUCAGGAUCACACUGUCAUUCAGGAUCAACCAAUAGCGCGGACGCAUUGA